AUGGAGGGCUUGUUGAAGAAUGAUGCAAAUAUCCAUGCUGGUAUUCGGACAAAGUUGUCCGGUUCUUCCGAUUAUGACAACGAUGGGUAUUGCGGGCUUGAGACGCCGGCUACGGGCACACCAGAGACUGGUGGCUGGUCCACGCGCGAGUUGCGGGCGAUCAUCCAUGGCCUUGAUGGGCUGAACUUCAUGGAUGCGGAUAUCGUUGAGGUUGCACCUGCUAAUGAUCCCCAUGUGGAGUUGUCGACGAUGGCUGCUGCUGCUAUAUUACAUGAAGUUCUCACACUAUCAUGA